CAUCUCCGUGAGAGUUGGGGGGGUGGUGGUGGUGCCUCCUGGUCAACAAGCCGAGGUUCGUAGUCGGCCCUCUGGACACCGAAUCCCCCUCGCCGCCGCCGCCGCCGCCGCCAGCGAUGACGAGCUUGGCGGAGCUGUGCCAAGGCCUGCCCCUGGAUCCGCUGCCCCCGCCACGCGGCCGUGACCCCAACUGCCCCCACGCUCCCGUGAGGACCCCCGGCCUCUCCCCUGCCCAGGAAAAGGUCGCCCUGCGCAAUGCGCUGCGUUACUUCCCGGCUUCGCUGCACGAGCUGCUGGCCCCGGAGUUCCUGCAGGAGCUGCGGGCGUACGGACACAUCUACAUGUACCGCCUGUGCCCCACGCUCGAGAUGAGGGCGUACCCGAUCCACGCGUACCCGUGCCAGUGUGUCCACGCGGCUGCCAUCAUGCACAUGAUCAUGAACAACCUGGACCCGCGGGUGGCGCAGUUUCCACAGGAGCUAGUGACUUACGGAGGGAAUGGGCAAGUGUUCAGCAACUGGGCCCAAUUCUGGGUGGUGAUGCAGCUGCUGGCCGAGAUGACGGAGGAGCAGACCCUGGUCGUCUACAGCGGCCACCCCAUGGGGCUGUUCCCCAGCACGAGACACGGGCCCCGACUCGUCAUCACCAAUGGCAUGGUGAUCCCCAACUACUCCUCCCGGGAGGAGUACGAGAAGCUGUUCGCCCUCGGGGUUACCAUGUACGGGCAGAUGACGGCCGGCAGCUACUGCUACAUCGGCCCGCAGGGGAUCGUGCACGGCACCCUGCUGACGGUGCUGAACGCCGGGCGGCGCUACCUGGGGUUGGAGGACCUGCGGGGCCGCGUGUUCGUCACCUCGGGGCUGGGCGGCAUGAGCGGUGCGCAGGCCAAGGCCGCGGUGAUCGCCGGGUGCAUCGGGGUCAUCGCGGAGGUGGAUGAGGUGGCCCUGAGGAAGCGGUUCGAGCAGGGCUGGCUCAUGGAGGUCUCCACCAACUUGGACCACUGCAUCGCGCGCAUCCGUGAUGCACGUGCCAAGAAGGUUCCCCUCAGUCUCGGUUACCAUGGAAACAUCGUGGACUUGUGGGAGCGGCUGGUGCAGGAAGCGGAGCAGAGCGGGGAGCUGCUGGCGGACCUCGGCUCGGACCAGACCUCGUGCCACAACCCGUACGGGGGCGGCUACUGCCCCGUGCAGCUGGCGCACGGCGAGGCGCUGGGCCUCCUGCAGGCCCAGCCCACGCGCUUCCGCGCACUCGUGCAGGAGAGCCUGCGGAGACACGUGGCGGCCAUCAACGCCCUGACAGAGCGAGGCCUCUUCUUCUGGGACUACGGAAACGCCUUCCUCCUGGAGGCUAAACGCGCAGGAGCCGACGUGGAGAAGGCCGGAUCCGGUGACCAGAGCGAGUUCCGGUACCCGUCAUACGUGCAGCACAUCAUGGGGGACAUCUUCUCCAUGGGCUUCGGGCCGUUCCGCUGGGUGUGCACGUCCGGAGACGCCCGCGACCUCCUCGCCACCGACGCCAUCGCAGCUGCCGUACUCCAGGAGAUCGUCACCGACCGCAGCCACCCAGUCCCCGAGUCCGUCCGGCAGCAGUACCUCGACAACAUCCGCUGGAUCAAGGAAGCGCACAAGCACAACCUGGUCGUUGGCUCGCAGGCGCGGAUCCUCUACUCCGACCAGGUUGGCCGCGCCGCCCUCGCCGACGCCUUCAACAGCGCGGUCGCCGACGGGAAACUCCGGGGCCCAGUGGUCAUCAGCCGCGACCAUCACGACGUGAGCGGCACCGACAGCCCCUUCCGCGAGACGUCCAACGUCUACGACGGCUCGGCCUUCUGCGCAGACAUGGCCGUGCAGAACUUUGUGGGCGACGCUUUCCGCGGGGCCACGUGGGUGGCGCUGCACAACGGCGGCGGCGUCGGAUGGGGUGAGGUCAUCAACGGUGGCUUUGGGCUGGUGCUGGACGGGUCGAGCGACGCGGCCCAGCGCGCUGCCCGCAUGCUGCACUGGGACGUGAUGAACGGGGUGGCUCGCCGGUGCUGGGCAGGGAACGACACGGCUCGCGACACCGUCACACGGGAGGCAGCGCGGCACGCGGACCUGCGCGUCAUACUUCCCCACCACCCAGCAGACUCAACGCUCCUGGACAGGGUCACUGGCAGUGGCUGCGGCAGCAACACCUUCUAGCACCCGCAGCAACACCACCACUCUCGCAGCAGCAGCAACAACACCACCACCACUCUAGCAGCAGCACCAACAGCAACAGCAACACGACCACCCUCUAGCAGCACCACCACCACUCUAGCAGCAGCAGCUCCGAUUACUGCCGCACGGCGAGAAUGGUCCCGAGUGUCGCCGUGGGUUACUCGUGGAAUUUAACUCGGCAACUCUUCACCUACAAUGUGUCUCCGCACACAAAUUAACAUUUUUUUUUUUACAAAUCCCAUCAGCCACAUGGCCUCCUUGGGAGCACAUUCUUCUCAACAGCAUUGGUUUCAUACGAGCAACGCUGCGGCCGGUUUUGACUGUCAGCGUCUCAUCACCAGUCGGGCUUGCUCGAACCCAACACUGAUGAACUGCCAGAUUUUAUUUUUCGAUUUAAAGCGUUUGUGACUGCAGGGAUUCAUCUUCUUGGUUCUUUCGGUAAAGUCACGUAGAAUUGAAAUAAUAAAAAUAUUUUAUUAUUUUUUCUUUUUAUCAUUUCAUAACAAAAAUAAAAUGUUAUUGUGUUUAUUUUAAUUAUUUUAUUAUUUCAAUUCUACGUGACUUUACCGAAAGAACCAAGAAGAUGAACUGCCAGAUGUUAAUUGGCAAGGGUCCUCUCUGUUUUAUACACGUGCUGGUUCAAUGCAACACUUGGUGCUGCGCAGAUCAAUCCGUGGGGGUGGCUGUGGAGUCAAGCAGAGAACGAGCAGCCCCCCCCCCCCCUUGCUUGUGCUGAACUAAUGCUGCUGAAAAAAACUCACUCCCAGGUGGGCUGCACAGCUUCUGCCAUUCCCCUAAAGCCCAGGUUGAAUAGCUGUGCGCUGCAGAACUGAUCAACACAGAACCCUCACACAUCCCACACACGAGAUUCGCGCACGUGUCCUGCUUGCUGGAAGAACGCCGUCUAAGAAGUGUGGACUCAUCGCCUUCUGUAGGGGAUGGCCAAACGGCCCUGUGGCACACCUUUAAAGGCUCUGGUAAUUAUUGCCCACAGGAGACAGACCAGGUAAAUACAUUCAAUAAAAUGCAGAUUCAGAAAUAAGUUAAAAGUAAAGUUCUGAUUCAGAUGACGUUUUAAUUCCAAGUAUCUGUACACAACAAAUAAAAGCAUACGUUUGAA